UGAAAAGACAGCAGUGCUGAUCCAGCAAUCAUGGAGCAAUUUUAUACAAUAUUCGAUGACUUUGCUCACCGAUUUUAUAACCUACCUAUGUUUCCUCUCCUACAAUGUGGUCACUUUGUCAUAGUAACACUAGGACUUCGAAGGAAUAUAGGCUUGACAUUUGCUCGUAGCAAUCCUCUUGCAUGUUUGGUGUCAACACUCAUAGCAAAUCUUAGUGGAGUUCUGCUGAUCAACCUACUCUUGGGUCGUCCUAUUAUACUGUUCUUCCAAGAUGAGAGACAGAUAAUGAUUAUCACUGGUAUAUGGUUUCAGACCAUAAUCAUUCUGUUAAAAGAAGCCCACAGAGCAAAAGGAAUACUAGGGGGAGUAGAGUUGGGAUUSUCUCUCUAUCCUGAUGCUGUGCUCAUCACAGUUAUUUUUGGUUUUCUUAAAGGUGCUGCUGGAUUACUCACUGAACCUUUGGGAGCCGCCAUACGUGGAACUUUAACUAUUGAAAAGAAUCAAGCUGUCAAGCCAUCAUAUAAUUCCAAGGUGUCAUUCUGUGUCAGCAUCAUUUAUACCAUGUGUCGCAAAGGAAUAAUUACUGUUUCUCUGCCCUAUCUGUGCCUGACUGCCUACAUCGUACUUGCUAUUGUCCAGGUUACUUUGUACUGGACAGGAGGCGGAGAUCCUUUUACUUCCAUUGAAAAUGCUUUGUCACCAUACUGCUUUGGUUCACCUUCAGUGGAAAGUAAUUCCUCUCAAACCAAGGAAAAGAGUAAAAAAGAAUAAUAAAAGAGCAACAGAAUUGUGCGAUAUUUGUACUGUUCUAAUACAAACAUACUAAGAAAUUUAUACUACAAAUAAAUUGAAAGACAUCUAUUA